GCUUGCACCGAUUGCUGGCCCUGUACGGAGUAGUUCUCCAAUUGCUUCUCGCGCGGGUCGAGCCCCAUUGACUCAUUGACCCCAUGUUGCUCGCAGUUUAACAGAGCUUCACUUUUACCACCACCACCACCACAGCCACCACCGCAGCGGAACUGCGAGCUAAGUGUUUUCAUUAUCCUCUUCCUGCGGUGAAACAGGCUUGGACAGACUGGUUGGGAAACUCAACUUUGGUUCUGCAGCUACUAACAGGGAGAUGUGAACCCAGUGGUGGCUCAUGAAGCAAUGGACUGCGGUCUUCAGGUACCAUUAGACGGUACUCUAGAACAAGCCGCCCCAACUGAAGUCAUCAGCCAUGGGGCACCACUUCUCCAGCCUCCGCCUUCUGACUUGGUCAGCAGCCAAGGCGAAGCGCUUGUUCAGCCUGCCCCUGCUGACGUGGUCAGCAGCCAAGGCGGACUGCCCACUCUGCAGCCUGUGCCACCAGCAUCCAUUGAUUUGACGGAGGAAGUACAGCCCGCAGAGGAGAAUAUGGAGAUUGUCGAUCCGGGAACUUCGGAGGAGCGCAGUGAGGGGUCAGGCACUAACGGUGCCGUCGGAGCGGCUCCAUCAGUUUCAAUGAACUACUUCAUCAGCGGGCUGCAGAGGCUUCAUACCAUGCUGGAGUUGCUGAGACCUUCAUCGUCACAGUCAGACCACAGUGCGGGGGGGCCAAUAAGAAGGAGGAGAAGAACAGGAUUCGUUUCGAGGGCAAGAACUGGAGGGUCUCAGAGGCUAAACAAUGCCAGGUUGAGAACCUUCUUUCAGGUGAGCAGGUCUCAGCCUUACCCAGUAGCCUCUGCUCAUGGUUCAGAGGCCAGGACCCCACCCUCGGGAACUGAUUCCGACAGCGACAGCUCUGCAGAGAAUGAAGAGGCCGCUGCCCGGGCGGAAGAGCCUGAGGCUGCUGUCCCAGAACAAGGAGUUAUCUCAACAGACCAAGAAGCUGCAUCUGUCACAGGAGGUGACGCAUCCCCUAAAAAGCAGUCUCCCCAGAAGCCCAUCGUUCUACCCACUGUGGAAGAUGAGGAAGGGGAAACUUGCACGAUCUGUUUGGAACAGUGGACCAGUGCUGGGGACCACCGGCUCUCAGCUUUACGCUGCGGGCACCUCUUUGGAUAUAGAUGCAUUUUUAAAUGGCUCAAAGGACAAACACGAAAAUGUCCUCAGUGCAACAAGAAAGCCAAGCACAGUGACAUCGUUGUCCUUUAUGCCCGGUCCCUGAGAGCUUUGGACACUACUGAACAGGAGCGCAUGAAGAGUGACCUACUGAGUGAGCAGGCUCUCCGGAAGCAGGCCGAGCUGGAAUCCGCCCAGUGCCGGCUCCAGCUUCAGGUCCUUAUGGAUAAAUGCACGAAACUCAAUAGCCGUGUCCAGGACUUGGAGAAGCUUAUGGUGCGGCAUCAGGGCCCAGCAGGACAGCAGUGCAGCGGCUCCCAAGCACUUUGUGGGAGCUGCCUGCCCUCCAGCCAGAGCCAGCGCAAAUACAGCUCAGAGAAGACCUUCACAGUAUCUCAGACGGGAAACUGCCGAAUCAUGGCGUAUUGCGAUGGUCUGAGCUGCUUGGUGGCAUCCCAGCCCUCUCCUCAGGCUUCCUUCCUUCCAGGCUUUGGUGUUAAGAUGCUGAGUACUGCGAACAUGAGAAGCAGUCAGUACAUCCCUAUGCAUAGCAAGCAGAUUCGUGGACUAGCUUUCAGCAAUCAAUCCAAAGGCUUGCUCCUCUCCGCCUCCCUUGACAACACCAUUAAACUGACCAGCCUAGAAACAAAUACUGUGGUGCAGACUUACAACACUGGACGCCCUGUCUGGAGCUGUUGCUGGUGUCUUGACGAAAACAAUUACAUCUACGCUGGACUGGCCAAUGGUUCAAUUCUGAUCUAUGACUUACGGAACACAAAUACCUAUGUCCAGGAAUUAGUUCCUCAGAAAGCCAGAUGUCCUCUGGUGUCCCUGUCAUAUUUACCCAGAGCUGCGGUGACUGCAUUUCCUUACGGUGGGGUGCUGGCUGGAACCUUGGAGAAUGCCUCCUUCUGGGAGCUAAAAACAGACUUUUGUCAUAAGCCUCAUGUGCUAUCCUUGGAGCCAGGGGGCUUUGUAGACUUUCAGACAGAGAGCAGCACCCGACACUGUCUUGUGACAUACAGGCCUGAUAAAAGCCAUAACACCGUGCGAACUGUGCUGUUGGAGAUGUCUUACAGACUGGAUGACGCUGGCGAGCCGGUCUGCUCCUGCCUUCCUGUGCAGACAUUCCUCGGGGGACCCACUUGCAAACUGUUAACCAAAAGUGCCAUCUUCCAGAGCCCAGAGAACGAUGGCAGUGUCCUCGUGUGCACUGCAGAUGAAGCGUCACAGUCUGCCCUGGUGAAGCCUGUUUAUUUUAUGUUUAUAAUAGUUUGGAGCUUGAGGGCCUGGCCCAGUUGUAAGGCACUCGCCUUUAUGAAGCGUAUGGCACGAAUGAGGGAAUCAGUCCCAGGCUCACCACGUCAGUCUCACACACACACACACACACACACACACACACACACACACACACACACGAUACUCUCACGUGGCUUGCGAACGCACAUGCAGGGGCACACAUAUAAAUGUAUACACAUGUGUACACAAAGACUGUCACUUGUUUAUAGUAAAAUAUAACUUGUCAGGUUAGCAUGCAGGCCUGAGUUCAGUUCACAUGUAAAAAGCCAAGCAAGGCAGCACACACCUGUGGCCGCAGCACUUGGGAGGUGAGGCAGAGGCAGACAGAUCUCUCAGUUCAAAGGCAGCCUGGUUUACAUAGUUAAUUUCAGUGCAUCCAGGCUCCAUACUGAGAUCUUGUCUCAAAAAAAAGUAGGGUCUGGUGAUGGUUUAUUAAUGCUAUUUUGAUGUUUCUUUUUAAAAAUGAUUUGUUUACUUUGCAUCCCAACUACAGCUUCUCCUUGCUCCUGCCAGUCUCUCCCUCUUACCUCCUCCUUCAUCCACACCCUUUUUUGCUGUUUGGAAAUACUUUUGAGAUAGGGGCUCAUUGUAUAUACUCACUAUAUAGAUCUUGCUAGCCUCAAAUUCGUAAUGAGACUUGCCUAUCUCUGCCCUCUGAGGGCUGGGGUUAAAGGCGUGCGUAUGAUGUUGGGGAUGGAGAGUACGUGCUACACUGCACGGUUAGAGGUCAGGGAACAAGUAUGUAGGCUCCGUUCUCCCACCUUUACCUGGGGGCAUCUAGUAGGCUUGCACGGCCAGUGUCUUCUCACUGUGCCACCUCAUCGGUCAGUCCUGUUCUUAACACUUUACAGCCGUUCUUGUAAUAAAACUUUGAGAAAAUAAGACACUUGCUAGGAUAUUUGUUCCAUAGCUGGAGCAAUGGCUCAGCAGUAUGGAGAGAGUAACCUUCCAGGGGAUCCACCCAAGUUUGAUUCCCAACACCUGAAUUGGGUGCUUCACAAGCAGCUAUAAUUCCAGCUCCAAGAGAUCCACAUUCUUCCAUGGGUAUCCCACACAGACUACCAUAAUUAAAAUAAAUAUAUUUCUUUAAAUACAUGUUCCAUAAGGACAGAGAUAGUGGCCUUGCCUUGUUGACUUCUGUCUCUAGAAGGGACAAUAUUCAGAAGACUUCUGGCACUUAGAUGAGAGAAAUGAGUCCCUGGCUUGCUUCUCCAGCCAGCCUAGGGUGUUCUGGCUCACAGUGUUGUGGAUAGAGACAGUUCUGCCCCACCUGGGCAACCAACUGUUGACCUCUAUUCCUGUGUGUUUGUUUUUAAGGUGUGGAAUGCUGGCAGUGGCUCAUUGCUGCAGAACCUGAAGACUGAUGAGCCUGUCUUGGACAUCUGCCCUUUUGAAACGAAUCAGAACAGCUACUUGGCCACCUUGACCGAGAAGAUUGUCCACAUUUAUAAAUGGGAGUGAGCGUGGCCGUGAGACCGCUAGGCACGCCGCUAGUUAAUGUGGCAUAGUCUGGAGCACCUCAUGACUCCAAACAAGAUCGCUGUCUACAUGCUGGAGCUGGAACUUCUGGAUCAUGGUUCAUUGGAUUAGUGUGAUUGUGUGCGGUUUACACCAAAUGAGUACCUUUGUGAAUCUUGCCUGGAAAUUUUUUACUUAAUUCUAUAGGAUCUUACAGUCCUCUCAACUACCAUUUAGGAUAUGAGUGCACACCAAGCAUUUGGGGGUUGUAAUAGCCAACCUAAAUUGUCGUGUCAGUUAGGCUAAUUGGCUUAAAAGCAGCACACUACAGGCCUGCCAUGCUUCUUGGAUGCAAAAGAUAGGCGGGCGAGUCUUCCAUUAAGCACAAAGGGCACUGUUCAUAUCCUGUGUAGGAUUUGACCUAUUUCCAAGUCUGAAUGCUUACAACCUUUUAGCGACUAUUUCGCCCAGACCCCUGCACUGCUUGCUGCCCCCAAUGUCUGGUACUUCUGUGUGGUGUGCUUUGUGGCAACAAGUUCCAUCCCAGGCAUCCAGGCCGACUCAAAUGUUGGCAAGGCUGGUGGUGGAGGUGGCUGAUGAGCCGCCAUAUGCAAAACCAUAUCAAGCCCCGUUGCAUUGUGGGAGGUAAGGAAAGGGACCGGGUGGUUGGGAUUUUUCUGGUUAGCUUGGGAUGCUGGGGGGGUUUUACUCCCCCUAAAGUCAAUGCCUAAGGAUAUAUAGUUCCCAAGUAAAGGCUCCCCCCACCCCCUUUUUUUCUGAAAAGGUUGUUAAUGAAGUGGUUAUGCUCAGGAAGGUAACAGUGGCUAGAGAUCUGUGGGAGGCAGGAAGGAAGACUCUUAGAAACUUCCGUCAUGGCGGUCCUGCACAGUCCAGCAUCUAGAGGUUUGCUCGGGUUUGUCUACUUGGCCUUAGGCUACCCCACUGAGCCACUGCCCUACAACACCUUGUCUCAAGGUGUGGCCAACCUGUCUGAUUUCUCUCAGAUGUUCCUUGAUGAAGCACUAUCUUUUUUAAUAAAAAUUCUUUCAUGCCUGUCAAACUCUUGAGCUGUUUUGGUGAUCUUUAUUGCCAACAAGGGAUUGUUAAGGGAAAAUUGUUAAUUUUCCCAGGGUUCCAAGUUGUGGCUGUGUCUGCUUAAUGAAACCUUCUACUUGAAGAUGUAUAGUUUGUUUUGUUUUUAAAACUUAAAGCUUUUAAAAUGUCAGCUUCCAGCCAGUUGAAGUGGUGAAUGCCUUUUGCCCCAGCACUCUGAAGGCAGAAACAGAUGGAUCCCCUGUGAGUUCAAGGCCACCCUCACUACAAGGUGAGUUUUGGACAGCCAAAAGCUAGAACACAGAGAAACCCUGUCUCAAAAAAAAAAAGGGGGGGGCAAAAGAAAAAUGUCAGCUUCCACAGCUUGGAGAAAAGUCACCUUUUCUCCCUCUCUCCCCCCAGAUGCUUUUGAUAGAUUGAUGGUUAAGGGUAAAUAGAAUUCACCUAACUUCUUCAGGUGGCCACAGAAAGAGCUGUGGGUGUCAGGUUGAUCUGGAGCAGGCUUAGGAUUUGACUUGCGUUGAAGGACAUUUAACUAAGGCCAACUGGGGGGAUUUGCUACCACAGAAGCUAACCUAAAUACCAAGCCUUGACAGCUUCUGCAUUUCUGCAAUUUGAAUUCGGGUAGGGGAGUGCCAGGACCUCAACCUGGUUAAGUUUUUUGCUCUACUACUGAGCUGUACUAGAAACCCAAAUCUGUGUUUUGGAAGCAGAUUCCCAUUAUAGACUGAUUCUCCAAAGACAGCCUUACCCCUACUUGCAAGAAACUUCAUCCCUAACACCCAGGCACCAGCAGGAUCUGUUUUUAAAUCUUGUCACGGGACAUUGGGAUUUCCGAAUAUUUGCUGUGCUGCAUUUCACUGUUUGUUUUAAUGUCAACAAAAUAAAGAAUCUGUAAUGUGUAACCCCAA